GUCAGUAGUGCAUAGCAAUGGAUAGCAGCAGCAGCAGUAACAGCAACAGCGACAACCAACAUUAGCUGGCAUUUGCCUCAGAAACCAUCGCAUUAAUGUGUUUGUGAAGCCACUCUCUGCUGAGCUGAAGUGCUGAAUGUCCUUCUAGUGUCGGUGAAAAUGACACCGAGAUGACUCACCAGUGGCUUGGACAUCUGUGAUUUGACAGAAGAUGAGGCUUGCUGAGUUUGUCAGACUUGUCAUUGCUUGUAAUGAUUGUUACUGUAGGCACAUAAACCACACUGACAUGGACAACUAAUUUGUUUUGAAUGGCUUUCAGUUGAUAACCAGUGCUGACGAUGUCACUGGGUGAGCAGUCUCAAAAGUGGUUUCCAACCCAUGUCCAAGCCACUGUUCUUCAAGCAACCGGUUUACAGCCCAAGGGCAAAAAUGGCACCAAUGAUGCCUACACUAUCAUCCAGCUGGGAAAAGAAAAGUACUCAACAUCAGUGGCAGAAAAGACACUUAACCCUGUCUGGAGAGAAGAAGCCUCCUUUGAAUUACCUGGUUUACUUUUGGAGGGCAACCCAGAAGUAUAUGAACUCUGCCUUAUAGUGAUGCAUCGGUCCUUGGUUGGGAUGGAUAAGUUCCUGGGUCAGAGGUCCAUCAACCUUAAUGAAAUCUUUGAUAACAAGGAGCGGAAGAAAACUGACUGGUAUGCAUUGGAGUCCAAGCCGGGGAAGAAAAGGAAAGAGCGAGGCCGCAUCCAAGUCAGCAUCCAGUUCAUGAGGAACAACAUGACAGCCAGCAUGUUUGACCUCUCCAUGAAGGAAAAGCCUCGCUCACCUUUUUCCAAACUUAAGGACAAAAUGAAGGGUCGCAAACAUGACGGCGCCUUUUCUGACACAUCUUCAGCCAUUCUGCCUCGCUCUGCCAUGUGCGACUCAGAGCCUAACCGUCAGUCCUCCGCUCCAGAACCACAACCCCAGCCUGAAGCAAAGGUCAAGAGACCACUACUCGCUGGGACCCAUAAACUCUCUGCAGCCCAUUCCAUGUCAGAUCUCAUUGGAACCCACUUUCGGGCCAAACUGGACUCCAUGAACUCCAUAGAGGAGAGUGGGCGUACAGGCGGCCCUCACAGGCGUUCCCAGAGCGAGAUGCCAGGCUACCAGGACGGCAAGGCACACAGUGACCCUUUUACUGAUAUCAGUGACACCCUGCCACAGAAGUAUGCCACGCUCCCACGCAACCGCAACCCAUUUGAGGGGGAGCAUGGGCAGCUGUGGGAGCGGAAGGAGAAAAAGGAGAAGGUCAGCCUACUGGAACGCGUGACGGGAAAGAAGGAAGGCCGCAAGACCGGCAAUGAGGGGCGUUCAGGCAGCUCUGGAGACCUACGAUCCCCUAACCCCUUCAGUGGAGACUCGCAAGCAGACACUAACCCUUUCAUCUCCAACUACAAAGCCAGUGAUAAAAAGGCAACAAGAAAUGAAGACAUCACCUUUGGCCACAAGAAGAAGGACAUCAAUGGCAAGAAAAAUGAGGUGACAAAGGAAAGAGUGGCUGCCUACAGCAACUUAUCCUUUGAGGAAGUUGUGCAGGAACUCAUCAAGCAGAAAGAAGUGGUGAAAAAGAAAGACGCCCACAUCAGGGAGCUGGAAGACUACAUUGAUAACCUACUUGUGCGCGUCAUGGAGGAGACACCGAGCAUUCUGCGGACACCCUAUGAGCCAAAAAAGAAGGCGGGUAAACUCUGUAAAAAGUAGAAAGAACAAACACAGGAUGAAAAGUUACUAAUGAAGCUUAAACAGUAUCUCAUGUAUCAGUAUCAUGUGGUAAAAUAAGUGGGAACAAAUGGGAUUGAUCACAGCCAAAUUUAUGACCGAGUUACAGUAUGUCUUUGCUUUAGAACAUUAUCAUUCAAUGGAUGUAGUUUUUAUAUAAUGUAUGCUUUGGUUAUUUUAGUUCAUGCAGGUUUUUUGCACUCUUUGUUUGGCAGAAAUCUAAAUUACUUUAUGAUUACUUGUUGCGGUGCAUUUUUAGGUACUUAAACAGGAUACGAAAUUCAUCAGUUGAUUCAAGUCAAAUCCAUAUUUUUGGUUUAAGUAUAUAUUGUAUGCAUUUGUGAACUCACAGAGGUCUGUUGCACAUACAGCUGCCGUCAUCUCCCCAGAAGGUGCAAAUGCAGCCAAAUUCAUGUUUACCAGAUGCUGUAGUCGCAGUUGUGUGUGUUUGCUGAAAGAUGGUCGAGUGGUUGAUAAGAUGAAGCUGUAGUGACUUUGUUUGCACUCAAGCACGACUCUUAAACUUGCCACCUAAACGACAAAACACAUUUAGCAGAGGGAGCAUCAGCUUUGUUCCGAGCCUCUUCUAUGCUACUGAUGUGGAUGAACUCUGCUCUCCCACCUAAUUGCCUGAGUGAUUCAUGGGUAUUCUUAGAAAGACUGGAAGAGAGUUAAGGUAAGAAGUUACUGGACAGUAUCUGGGAGUCUGGUUUCUCUCUAGCUUACUGAGUCAUGCAUUUUUUCAAAAAAAAAAAAAAAAAAGGAACAAACAUACAUUUUAUUAUCAGUUACUGACUUUUCAGUCUUGAUUUUAUUUGUGAUGACUGUCAUUUUUUGGACCAAGGGUCACAAAGUCACCUACUGAAGGUGAUACUUUUACAGACUUUAUGUGCAAUAAUUGAGUAUCUUGCUUUAUAUUCUGCUGGAAAUGUUCUUGUUUACAUUUUAAUCACAUCUUCGAGUUGAACUCAUCUCUUUAAUAUUGAUUUGAUUCACUAGAAAAGCUUGGAGUUCUUUGUUACAGCCUCCACAGAUUGACCAGCCUUCAUCUCUCCUUCAAAUACAGCUUUUGCUUAAGAUUGUAUAAAUGGUACCUAGCUGCACAUGUGGAUAUAUGCUGAACAAUCUUUAUUUAUAAAUAUGUCAUAGCUCAUUUACAUAUGGACAUCAUUUCAAUGUAUUUUUAAGGUACUUUAUGGUAAAAACACUACUGUAUCCCAAUACCCCCUCACCACCUGUUCUACUGAAUUAGCACUGUACAGUUAGUACACCCCCCCCCAAAAAAAAAAAAUAUUCAUGUAUUAAGGUCUUACUGAUACAAUUUUUGCAAUUUCCAUUUGCAUUGAUAUCUGUUUACCUUUUUAAUACAUUUUUCUUUUUGUAUUAUCAAAACAGUCAAAAUUCUAACAUUCAUAUAAGAUUCACUGAGUACUAAGCCAAUCAGUGUCAUUCAGGUGACAAAUAACUGUUUGAUAGCGUAUGUCAGAAGCCAACUGUGCUCAUUUUACUGUUUUAUGUCAUCUCAUAUGUCACCUCAAUCUGUGUCAUAACAACAUAUGUUGUUUCCAUGUUGAACAGCGCUCCUUAAUUCUGUUCAUUUAUCAGCUUCUACUGAACAAAUGCUGAGUGAGCUACAGGGCAGCUGACUGCACUGCUGGUACUAAAUCGAACUAAAUGACUACUUAAAUGUUUUAGUCUUUUUAUCACCUAUACCUGUGCUUGUGCUAGAUGUUCAACAAUAGUAUAAUCACUUACUGAUGUUUAGGUUUACAUUUUUAAUUGUUUGUUUUUAAUUUAAUGGAAAGCAACUUCAUGUACAGUGUUAAACAUGCUUUGUAGUAUCAAAGUUACACACCGUUUUUAAUGAUAUAUCAAACCUCUUUAUCAGAUAAUGAUCCAUCUUGUCCUUUUGCUGGUAUUAUUUCUGCUAUUUAUAUCUGUUCUGUAAUUACUUUCCAGUCUCAAGUCUUCAAAAUAUUUGACCUUUACACUGUAUGAUACCAAAUCACAGCUGAGACAAAGUGCUACACUGUAUCUAUAGAAUGUCAAUCAAGAUCAGAAAGACUUGUCAGUUUUAAUUUUUCGUGAAUGUUAAACCACUCAGAAACACAUUUUGUCAUGUACUCAUUUUUUCUGCUGCUGUGAAAGUAGUUAUUCCAUCUGAAGGUAUGUGAUCUCUUUUUGGACUUUAAGCCAAAAUCUCUUGUUACUGAAUGUAUUCUGGUUGGCUUUGAAAUACACAAUUCUUAAAUGUAAAAUAAUAUACAGUACACUAACAAGGCCAUUGAACCUUGCUUGCCUUUUAAAGUAUUUGGUGUAUCCAAAGAGAUCAUUUCAUAUGGGUGAUGUUUUCCCCCCUUCCUUCUUUCUAUUAGUCUGACAAAACUCAGACAUCUUCAUUAUGGAUAUGCGAUGAUGUGACACAGAUGUUGGGUUCAUUCCUUUGUAUUGGAAAAGGUUAUCUGAUCUGCAUUUAUUUUGUAAAGCCAAAAAUGUUCAAAUCAGUUCAUAAAAUGAUGAGUAUUAUGUGAUACUAAUUAAGAAGAGCUGUGGAUAAGAAUCUGUUUUCCAUUCUGGAAAAGCUUCUCACUGAUUGCCUUUCUACAUGUGCUAACUCUCUUCUCCUCGUGUUACAGGCUUUACCAACAGCUUUAACUAGCCUGUAUUGGUAGUUAGCCAGUUGUUCAUGGACCUUGUCGAGCUCUUAAUACUUCCAUUGUACAUGCUAGUCAAUUUGUAAUAUCACUUCACCUCCUUUUUGCACAUUUUGUUGUGCUGUAAAAUGUUUGAAAUGUGCUUUCUGGGGAUUUAUUCUGUGUUAGGUUCAGUCAAAGUAUGAGUUAAACGAAAUUUUAAAAGUGGGAAUAAAAGUGUAAAACUUAGUAUUCACCACCCAUCUUUCAUUUGAGCUAAACUGACAUUGUAGUUAUAGAUAAUUUGUCUUGCUAGCAAUGCAAAUGCACAGAUUUCUGGCAGUGAUAUUUUAGUGUAGGUCAUAUUGUGCAUCAUAGAGUCAUACUCAUACAGAGUAUGGAACAGGUGAUUAUGGUCUACAAUGUGCCCUAAAGCCCCAUUGCUUUGCUUGUAUGAUGAAAUAACAAAAGAUAAGGUCUUAAAAAUGAUGUUGAACACAUUUGGACCCUGAGGUUAUUUAGUUCAAAUGAAAAAUGAGGGGUGAGUAGUUAAAAUUAAUUAAUUUUGCCUGUCAUUUUUUCUUUUAGCUUGAUUGCUACAUUUGCUUUAUGCUUUAAUGUAAUUUGGUGCUUUGGUAGAUGUCAGACUAAAACAUAAAUCUAAAUGAAAAGCAUUUUCAAAUCAUUUUCUAGCACAACAGUGUAAGGGAGUACAUUGCAAAAAAGCCCUGCAUCAUUAUUAUACUUCUUCCUUGCCUCUUUGCAUAAUAUUUGUCAUCCAAUUAAUGCCAGUGUUUGAAUAUGCAAAGCACUCAAAAUGCUUAGAGGCAAAAUUUCCUAUAAAAUUUGGCCAUGGCCCUGUGUAAUUUAAGUUUAUAUAGAUUGUUUUGCACAUGCAUUAAAUUGUGUUGUAGGUGAAUGUCCACCCCAUUCCAAAAAAUAGUGCAAACGUGGAUUUUUUUCCAUGUUGACGAAGCAUGCAUUGAACCUUUUGAUGAAGAUGACAUAAAGCUUGAGUCGGAUCUCGCAGUCCUCCUCUGGCAGUCUUUUAAGUCUUCUCCUGAUUAUAUGAUGCUGCUUGCCAUAGGCCACAUACAGUUGCCAGACACUAAGACUUAAGCUCCCGCUAAAUCCCCUGACGGUGCUUGUAAUGUGGCACACAGUUUUGAAGGAAAUGAUGACGGUGUUUAUAAAAGAUCUUGCCAGUUAGCAAAGCUUCAUUGAGUUUACAGAAUUGUAUGGAGGUUGGUGCACAGAGGCCAACACAAUUAAACAUAUGAGUUGAGUUUAGUGCCCCAGCAUGGUGGAGACCUAUAAUGACAUUUUGAUACAUGUAACAUGUUGGUCUACUUCUGAAGACAGUCAAUGUGUAUUGGGUCUCGCUCAUUCAGGCACAUGCCUUGUAAUGUAACAAGAUAAAGUAAAUGGGUGUGUUUGGAUUCUUGUUAUUUCUGCAUGUCAAAUCACGUGUUUUGAACAUUGGGUUCGUUUUCAUUAACUCUCACCACACUACCUUAUAAUGUAUUUAACACAAAAUUGUACAGUGUGUUAACAAACGUCCUUUCAUCGGAGAAGGUAGAUGAGCUUUUUGUUUUGUUAAAUACUUUCACAUAAUAGCCAAUAUGCAAGACUUUCAUACCUGGAUAUUUGGGGACAAGAAUGUAUGGCUUUUUUAUUAUUGUAGUUCUGGAAACACAUUGGGGUCUAGAAUAUGUAUAAAUUAUGAUAACAGUGCAAUGCUGUUAAUGGUGACUGUAAAGUGCCAACCCAAGCAUAAAUUCAAUUUGGUGAUGCAUUUCUUGAUAUUCACCCAAUCUCCAUGUACUACAAUUUCAAACAUGAAUUUUUGGAUAUUAUCACCAUCAUAAUCAAAUUCCAAUGUUCUACUGGAUUUUGUUUGAAAGGCACAAGCAAGAUUGUAUUGUCCUUUUCAAUAAACUCACUGUAAAUGAAAA